UCGCUGACGCGCAGCACCUCCCCACUGCUCCUCACUUUGACAAAUUCCUGGACGUGAGCAGGUCUGCCGAGCAGAUUCCUCUUCACACCGCUGAUGUGAUUUUUUCUCAAGUUGAAAAAGCUCCCUCGCACCAUUCCCCCCUCUUUACAAACUACUCCUUUUUAACGGAGCACAAUGGGACUCUGGUCGUUUGGGAGUUCUUCUCUUUUGUCGUUGGCGCUGGUGUUUUACUUUCAGCACAAGUUUUUGGCAGAGGCGGAUAUAAGUUUCACACCAGACCGAAGGUUUAGUGUGGAUUUUACGCAGACUGAGCGGUCUUUUUGCGGGGGAGCUGCGGACGACUAUAAAGUUUUACGCGCGUUUGAAUCAGUUGAUUCUGGUGCGUCAUAUCCAAACAAAGACGAGGGUGAUAAAGCUCGAGGCUGGUUCGACCGCAAAACCCAAAUAAGCGGACAAUUUGCCCAAAAGAUUCUGGAAACAUCGACUGGAAAGUCCGGAACGUUUUCGGAGCAGCGUCCGGUCAAGGCGAAGCGGAGUGUGGAGACGCGCGCUGACCAUGUGGAUACAAGCAGAGCGUCGUUUCUGGAGGGUGUCCCGGGUGUUUCUCACUACAGAGCCGAUUACCGGCGAGCAGGCGAUGACGCAAAGGGAUCCAGCCAAAGACAAAGUGAGCCGCACCUGGACACCUCCACUUUUGCGCUGGCCGGAGACUCGGCGCACAACCAGGCGAUGGUGCACUGGUCCGGACACAACAGCAGCGUGAUCCUGAUAUUGACAAAGUUGUUUGAUUUCAACCUGGGGGCUGUUACCGAGAGCUCACUCUGGAGGUCUGUUGACUACGGCAGCACAUACACAAAACUCAACGACAAAGUGGGUUCAAGGACAGUUUUAAGCUACCUGUACGUCUGCCCGACCAACAAACAGAAGAUAAUGAUGCUCAGCGAUCCCGAGGUAGAGAGCGCGGUUCUCAUCAGCGCAGAUGAAGGGGCCAGCUUUGAGAAGCAUCCCAUUAACUUCAACAUCCUGAGUCUGCUCUUCCACCCAGCACAGGAGAACUGGAUACUUGCUUACAGCCACGACAGCAAGCUCUACAGCUCGCUGGAUUUCGGAAAGAGGUGGCAGCUCGUUCAUGACAACGUGAUGCCGGGACGGUUCUACUGGGCGGUAAUGGGGCUGGACAGAGAAUCUGACGUGGUCCACAUCGAGACGCGCAUCGCAAAGGGCCGUGCUCAGUAUGUAAAAUGCAGAGCUCAGCGGUGCUCAGAAGCCAACAAGCAGUACCUCUUCCCUGGAUACGUGGACACUAACUCACUGGUUGUCCAGGAUGAAUAUGUUUUCACACAGGUAACCAAGUCAGGACGUGCCAGCUACUAUGUGUCCUACAUGAGAGAGCCAUUCAAGCGGAUGAAAUUACCAAAAUACUGUCUUCCGAAGGACAUGCAUAUUAUCAGCACAGACGAAAAGCAGGUGUUUGCUGCCGUCCAGGAGUGGAACCAGAACAAUACGUACAGUUUGUACAUCUCAGACUCUCCGGGAGUUUACUUCACGUUAUCACUGGAGAACCUGAGGACCAGCAGAGGACCAACUGGGAAUCUCCUCGUGGACUUUUACAAGGUUGAAGGGAUCAAUGGAAUGUAUCUAGCCAACAAACUUUUGGACAACCACGUCAAGACUUUCAUCACGUACAACAAAGGGCAAACCUGGUCACUGCUGCCGGCGCCGGCCACCGACGUUGAUGGGAACAAUCUCCACUGUGUUCUGCCAUUUUGUUCGCUGCAUCUUCAUCUGGAAAUGUCAGAGAAUCCCUACAUGUCUGGGCCGAUCACCAGCAAGAAGGCUGUACCUGGAAUCAUCAUCGCAACAGGGAAUAUCGGAACAGAGCUGUCCUCCACCAACCUUGGAAUGUUUAUUACGUCGGAUGCAGGAAAUAGCUGGAGACAGAUAUUCAACGAGGAACACAAUAUUUGGUUCCUUGACAAUGGAGGAGCUUUGCUGGCCGUCGUUCGAGCGCCAAUCCUAAUCCGUCACCUGUGGAUCAGUCUGGAUGAAGGGAAGAAAUGGGAUCGCCACAGUUUCUCCUUGACACCUUUGUUUGUGGAUGGCGUUUUGAUGGAGCCAGAAUCUGACAAUCACAUUAUCACGUUCUUUGGCCACUUUGGCCACCGGUCUGAGUGGCAGCUGAUCAAAAUCGAUUACAAAGGACUUUUUAGCAGACGAUGCAUGGAUGGCGAUUACCAGACGUGGUACCUUCACAACAAGGGUGAACUGUGCGUGAUGGGUGAGAAGCAGAUCUACAUGAAGCGGCGUCCUGGCAACCGUUGCAUGUUGUCACAGUACUAUUCCCGCGUCUAUUCAUCUGAGCCCUGCGACUGCACAUCCUAUGACUUCGAGUGUGACUACGGGUGGGAGCGCCAAGCGGAUGGAAAGUGUUCCCCUGCUUUUUGGUAUAAUCCAAAUAGUGCGGCUAAGAGCUGCGGCAGCAGCCAAAGCUUCCUUAACAGCACUGGAUAUCGGAAAGUUUUGUCCAACAACUGUAAGGAGGGCGGGAAGAACGUUUACUCCCCAAGAAGGCAACCUUGUCGACCGAGACCCCCCAGAGGUCUUCGCUUGUCCACCGGUCACGGCGAGCUGAGCGCCCCUGUUGGGACUAACGUCACCUUCAUGGUCUACCUCGAUGAUGGCGACUCACUCAGGACCAACAUCCAGUUGGACUUUGGGGAUGGCAUCCGGAUCAUCUACUCCAACCUGAGCAGGACCGAUGACGGCAUCCGUCACAUCUACCGGGCAACAGGGAUUUUCAGAGUCUCAGUGGUUGCGGAGAACAGUGAAGGAUCGGACAGCACCAUACUGUUUUUACACAUCACCAGUCCAGUGGAGCGUGUAUAUCUCUCCGCUCCUAUAGUAGCCGUCCGGGGGAAGGUGGCUAAUCUGACAGCGGUGGUUUGGCCGAGCCACAUUAGAACUUUGACCUUCUUCUGGUGGUUUGACAACAGCUCCGAGCCCAUUAUAACCUUGGAGGGAAGCAUCUCGUACACGUUUCCAAAAGAAGGGAAAAACAAGGUCACGGUCCAGGUUGCAUCUGGGAGCACUGUAAUGCAGGAUUCAAAAGACAUCACAGUCAAAGAGUUCUUCAGGUCGCUGCUGUUGUCGUUUUCCUCGGCUCUUGACGAACACAAUCCUGACAUCCCAGAGUGGAGGGAGGAUAUAGGCCGCGUGGUGCAGACAGCUCUGUCACAGGUGUCUGGUGUUGCUCGAGAGCAGCUGCUGGUGUGUCUCUACCCAGGACUUCCCACCACAGCUGAGCUCUUCAUCCUUCCUGAUGCCAGCUCCUCGCAUGAGAAGAGGAAGUCUGAGGAGGCGCUGGCCCGAAUAUCGGACGUUUUCGUCACGGCUCUGAACCAAGGCUUGAUCCAGUUUGAGCUGAAAGUCAACACCCGCAUCACUGUGUACAUGACUCAGCAGACGCUGGCUCCACUGGUGGAUUCCAGCGCCAUCCACAGUGGCUCGGCCAUGCUCAUGCUGCUCUCCGUGGUCUUCAUCGGCAUAGUGGCGUUUUUCAUCUACAAGUUUAAAAGGAAAAUCCCCUGGAUCCACGUGCAGACGGAGGACACUCACGAAAAGGAGCCUGAAGUGAUCAGCACCGUGGGUCAGAACGACAACAUGAAUAAAGUAAAGCCGGGGGAAUUCCCGUCGCAGAAAGAGCUGGUGGAGGAGCUGGCGGCCCGAAGCAGAGGAGGGAUCGGAAGAAACAUGGAAAGGAUUGUAACGAGAGAAUUUCCGAACUGUACAAAUGUCUAAGACGUGUUUGUUGUCACAGGUACAACUUCUCGUGCUUUAAUUGUGUUGCCUUUUACUUUGUUGAACUUGUAUUUCAGUUCCACAGUUGUGAGUCAACGCUGAAUACAGUUUUUACUUUCAAAUUGUUGGUAUAUCUAUGACUACACUCGGUGCUUAUGGCUAUUAUAAUAUUUUGUGAUUAUUCAAAUGCAUCAUAAUAUAUGUGGUCUUAUUGAUGCGUUGCAGUUUAUCCUACAACAGUGAACAGUUUUUCUUUGCUGUUCAAUAUUUUUAGUUUAGAUAACGUCCUAAGAAGCACAGGCUUGAAAACCACGUGAGUCUAUCAUGCUAAAAAUAUAAAUGUCAUCUGUUUGUCACGACAAAAAGAAUAUAAAGUGUGUAAAUCUUGAUAUUUCUUCGUCACUAGAAAGGAAUAUACGUGUACAUAUAUUUAUAAAAGUUUAACAUGCACUUUUUAUUCAGUAGUUAAGUCGAUGACCAGUUUCGUGUGCUGUCAGGAUACAAAUUACAGAAGUCGUUAGUAGUAUGCAUUUGCAGUUUUACACAGCUCUUUGGGUGAGAAAGCUUCCACAAAUAUAAAAGCACCCCUUCAAACGCUCACAGGACUAAUGUAGAUUUAAACGGCGAGAUCAAUAGGAAGUGUUUAAAGGGUGUUCUGGCAAAAAGGAAAGUUUUAACAAAGUUCCACACAGAUUCUUCAUCUUCAUCUGCCUCAUUUGUGUUUUGUUUUUUUUUAACUCUUCUAUAAGAGGUAAAUAUCUAUUAUGUUGAAGAACAGGGUUCAAAAAGAAAAGUGCAGAGAAUAGCUGGUUGCCAAACAAAGAGCACCAAGAGAACGCUGGUCUUUAUCGACAACCGGGAAGCGAUGAUGAGCUGGAAGUGUAGUGAAAUAUGGAGGGAGAAAUGAAACUUUCAUACGUCUGUCCACCGAUUUAUAUUGUUUGCAUGGUUUGCAAUUAUUUUUGUCUGUCGAAAUUAAUUUAAAAAUAUUGACUACGAUGCCAAAUGCUUUAAUUUAACAAGGAAUACCAAAAAAAAAGAUUGAUCCCCAUGGUGUGUGUGUAGAUUUUUCUGAUGCCCUUUCAGUCAACACCGGGAUCCAUUUUGAAUCUGAGUCACAGUAGCACAGAAUUCUGUGGAGAAAAAUCAAUGAAACUGAUGAAAGAAAUGUUGCUCAUGAGUCAAUAACAAAGACAGACAACACGGUUGCUAACAAGUGUGCUAUUCACUACAAGUCAACAUUAUUAAUCGAGGGCAGAAGAGAAGCACUUUAUUUGAUGCCACAAGUGAAUCAAAAGAUCCACCAAUAAAUCCAGAAAUAUAUCUGACCUUCAUCAUCCUUACAUCCCAGCAGCUGCAUUGUGCUCAGCAACAUUGCUGCUUCACCAAUUUGUUGACUUCACCUGCUGGAAAUAGCAAACUGAACUUUCAUUCACUACAUAGACAGGAAGUGCUCAGUACUCAGUAGUGAUGGGCUGAUGAGGUUUCAUGAAACAGUCUCCUGAUUUUCAGAGGCCACCAGAUGGCGCUGUUUGCUGUAAUAUGUUUGGACUUGAACAACUUAUUCAGUGAAACCUCACAUCAUUUCUAAACCAAGAGCGCCAUCUGGACACUGUGUCAUCAAGCUGGCAACACUAUUUCAUGAUACCUCUUCCACCCAUCACUAUGAUAAAGGUUGCGGCUAGAGCUGGUUUCACUCUCUUACUCUGAGAUAAAAAAAAAAAAAAAUGUGUGGCAGAAGUAUUGAAUGAACAUAAUCAGUAUUCAACACUCACUGGCCCUUCUCAAAUCCAACUUUGGCGAAUCAAUUGUCCCCCCUUGCGAAAGUGAAGAAGUAAACGCUGGAAAAUCCACAUUCGGUUUUUAGCUCUCCAGGUUUUUUCUCAGCGUCUUUGUUAAAUAAAUAGCUAGCUUCCUCUCAGGUAUACAAUCACUGAAGGACCCAUGGAUUUUUGUGCGUUAAAAAUCGAAUAAACUUACCUUCUUGCGGCAUUUUCAAAUUCACAUUUGAUUUAGUUACAGUAUGUUUCUUCCUUUCCUCUAAUUGUUUAUGUGUAUUUAUGAAAAAUCUGCUUCCCUUUCACUGACCUCUGGAUGGUCAUAGACAAAUACUUUUCUCCCCCUCGGACCUUCACUCUUCUUCCUUCCUUCCUCUCAUUCUCUCUCAUGCAGUCUGACUUCCAUUCUCCUUCUCUCCUGCUACUUUCACUCCUUCCACUCAACCUCCACCUUACAGCUCACAAUAUCAUCAGCAAACAUCAUCAGCCACGCCAAACAGAAAACAUGCCAAAAAGUAGAUUGUUGACAGACAUUUUUUUUUUUCAGCCAAUGGAAAAGUAAAAUUGAAUUUUAAAAAAUGGAUUUAACAACAUAAAAAGUGAUGAGUGAAUGAAUCUACACAUUGAUGAUGCUCCCUUAUUAAUUCAUCAUGUGUUAUAUAUUGAACUCAAAAACGUAAAAAAUGACAGAUAAAAACGGUAAAAAUUAUGAUAUUAAACUAUAUACAUUCAACUGCAGACACGCCUCUCACGUCGACUUGAAAAUGCUGAUCAUGUACUGAUGACACACAACUGAAGUUUGACUUGAAGUUCUGAAUACUGAAGUUGGUUUUUGCUGGGAAUUUUGUACAUAAGAUGGAAUAUAAACACACUACGUAACCCUUGUUGUAAAUAAAACACUUGACCAAUGAGUGAUGUGAAUUCCUCCAGUCCAGUGUCUUUUUCUUUGUGGUCGUUUUGGGCUUAUGAAGCUUCAUGAAACAGCUCCUCAUUUUCAGAGCCCACUCGAUGGCACUCGCUGCUUUAAAGUUGUUUGGAGUUCAACCAAUUCACUGAAACCUCACGUCAUUUUGGGACCGAUCGCGCCAUCUAACCGAGCUGAGAAAAUGACAGCACUGUUUUGUGAAGCCUCAUCAGCCCGUCACUACUUUGUGGCAUGCCCAAAAUAUCUGUAUUAUUCAUAUUAGGGGGAGCGACAUCUGAUACAUUGUUUCUUUUUUAACACUCCAUGAUGCAUUAAUUAAAGCCAUUAUUAAAAACACUGGUCCAGUGGUCUUGCUGUGCGAUUACCUCUCACUUGUGCAUGGAUAACUGUAACAGUUCCGUUUUGUCAACACUAUAUAACCAUUUGGAAUCAUAUUUCCUACUGUGAUCAAACUGGCAUUUUGAAAUUGUUUGAAAUAAAUGUAUUUUUAUAUGGAAUAAUGGUUUUCUCAUAUAUCAUAUCUUCCAAAUAGCCCAACUCAAGGGAACCUUCGUCUUUGUUUCUCUGUCUGAAACUCCUCCAACAUUGUUGCUUGAAAUGUUUACAAGAGGCAAAAUAUUCCUAUGUAGCCGAGUGGUUCUGACUGAAACUGCUGCUGAGAAUUCUGGGUCAUGAAGUCAUGUU